CUAAGACUAGAACUGCCUCAGCACUGAAUUACAGUCUCACCUGACAGGCUGUGCGACACUGUCGAAGGUCCCCUGAAACGGCACAAAGGAGACAGGAUGCGCUGGCACUUUCGCCGACUCCCUUUACUGGUCAAGCUUUUUCUGUUAGCUUUAACUCUUUUCCUGACUCUGUUAAUAGUACUGCCAAAGAACAUAGGAAAAUGGACUUCCUCCAAUCAAAACCUGUAUGGUCUGUCUCUCAAAAAGAGACAGGUUAUUACAACUCCUAGGAGUUCAGCUGACCCAUUACCUUUUCAGAUCAGAGACCCGUUUUCCCUGUCAGCAGAGGCCUCAUCGGUAUCCGCACAUCCAAAUUGUCUGUCUGGGUUCUACAGCCCUGAUGAACUUAAACCUCAUCUUAUGAGACCACUGGAGGACCCCGAUGGUCCUGGGGCUAAUGGCAGAGCAUUCAUUCCAGGCACGAUGAGCCCAGCUAAGCUGAGAGAGAAGCAGGAGGGCUUGGAUAGGAACGGUUUCGACCAGUUUGCCAGUGACCACAUCUCUGUGCACCGUAGCCUGGGCAAUGAUACCCGUCACCCAGAGUGUGUGGAGCAGAAGUUCCGCCGUUGCCCUCGCUUGCCGGACACCAGUGUGAUCAUUGUGUUUCACAAUGAAGCGUGGUCCACUCUCCUUCGUACCAUUUACAGCAUCCUGCACACCUCUCCCGCCAUCCUGCUCAAAGAAAUCAUCCUGGUAGACGAUGCAAGUACCCAAGACCAUCUGAAAGCUCCUCUGGAUUUGCAUGUGCAGCCUCAGAAGAUUGUACGUGUUCUGCGGCAGAAGGAGAGGAAAGGUCUGGUUGCUGCUCGGCUGCUGGGAGCCCAAGAGGCUAAGGGAAAUGUGCUAACGUUCUUGGACUCUCACUGUGAGUGUUUCCAUGGUUGGCUGGAGCCUCUUUUAGCUCAAUUACGUGAGCAACCCACGGCUGUUGUGAGUCCUGAAAUCGCUGUCAUUGAUUCAAACACACUAAGGUUUACCAAGCCGCUUCCCAGUGUCCGCGCCCGAAGCCGUGGAAACUUUGACUGGGGACUGAGCUUUGGCUGGGAAAAUAUCCCUGAAUCAGAGAGACUGAAACGAACAGAUGAGACUUAUCCUGUGAAAACUCCAGCUUUUGCUGGUGGUCUGUUCUCCAUCUACAAAGACUUUUUCAACCACAUUGGGACCUAUGAUGGCCAGAUGGAGAUUUGGGGAGGAGAGAACAUUGAAAUGUCUUUCAGGGUGUGGAUGUGUGGCGGUCAGCUAGAGAUUGUGCCCUGCUCUGUGGUGGGCCAUAUUUUCCGCACCAGGACUCCCCACUCCUUCCCUAAAGGGUUAGAAGUGAUCGUGUGCAACCAGGUGCGGGCGGCUGAGGUCUGGAUGGAUGACUACAAGAAUGUGUUCUACCGCCGGAACAAAAAGGCUGCUUCUAUUGCACAGAGCAAGUCUUAUGGUGACAUUUCUGAGCGUUUGGAACUCAAGGAGAAGCUGCAGUGUAAAAAUUUCUCUUGGUACCUGGAGAAUGUUUACCCAGAGGUUUUUGUGCCAGAACUUGCCCCAGCUCUGUUCGGAUCGCUAAUGAACAUGGGCUCACACACCUGCCUUGAUAUUGGCGAGAGGAAGCCUAUAAAGAGAGCUGUGAUUCUAUACAAAUGCCACUACAUGGGUGGUAAUCAGCAUUUUGAAUACACGGCGCAUCAGGAGCUGCGCCACAACACCGCCAUGCAGCUGUGUUUGCACGCAACGAUUGAGCCAGAGCCGGUCCGCAUUGAGCUGUGCAACUAUAAGGGCGGCAGCACCGUCCCAGCCCCACAGCAGCAGUGGACUUUAAAGCUCCUGUCACCACUGUGUUAUCUUCUGGAAAGCGAAGUGUUUAAGAAAUGUCUAACAGUGGAGGGAGAAAAAGCCAUCAUGAAGACCUGCAACCCUGCUGAUAAAUACCAGCACUGGACAUUUAGCCCCUGA